GUUAAAUUUCCUCUUUCUGUAAUGGCAGCUCUCAUACGCAAAUUCUCUACAGGGAGUUCCCGAUGUUAUAUCCCUAGAGAAUUUAUUCAACAAAUAAGAACAGAUAAAGCUCUCAUUUCCUACUCUGAACAUCCACGUGAAAAGAAAAUCUUGGAAAACCAAUUAAGUUCCACACUUGAUGGUUGUUAUAAUCUCCUACAAAUUAAACAAGUACAUGCUCAAAUUCUUCAAAAUGGCCUCGACCAAUGUGGUUAUGUGCUCACGAAACUAAUCCGCAUGCUCACUAAAAUUAAUAUUCCCAUGGAUUCCUAUCCUCGUCUCAUUUUUGAGCAGGUGAAAUAUAGAAACCCUUUUCUUUGGACUGCUCUCAUUCGUGGGUAUUCUUUACAAGGACGCUUGAAGGAUUCAAUUACGUUGUAUGGUUCUAUGAGGAGAGAAGGUAUUGACCCGGUUUCUUUUACGUUUUCUGCACUUUUUAAGGCCUGUAUUGAGAUUCUUGAUGUGAAUUUGGGUAGGCAGUUGCAUGCUCAGACGAUUUUGGUUGGUGGUUUUGUGUCUGAUAUAUAUGUUGGUAAUAUCUUGAUUGAUAUGUAUGUAAAAUGCGGGUGUUUAGAUUGUGGGCAUAAGGUGUUUGAUGAAAUGCCUGUGAAAGACGUGAUUUCUUGGACUGAGUUGAUUGUUGCAUAUGCCAAGAGUGGGGAUAUGAAAUCUGCUAGUGUAUUGUUUGAUGGGUUGCCUUUAAAGGAUAUGGUGGCCUGGACUGCGAUGGUCACUGGUUAUACACAGAAUGCUAAGCCUAGAGAAGCAAUAGAAUAUUUUGAGAGAAUGCAAAAUUCAGGUGUUGAAACAGAUGAAGUUACUUUGGUUGGUGUUAUUUUAGCAUGUGCUAAACUGGGUGCAAUCAAGUAUGCUGAUUGGAUUUGUGAUGUAGCUGAGAGAUCAGGAUUUGGGCUUACAAAUAAUGUUGUUGUGGGAUCAGCUUUUAUUGAGAUGUACUCAAAAUGCGGGCGUGUAGGGGAUGCAUAUAGGGUUUUCGAGGAGAUGAAGGAGAGGAAUGUGUUUACUUAUAGUUCAAUGAUAGUUGGGUUAGCAACGCAUGGUCAGGCUCAUGCAGCACUGCAGUUAUUUCAUGAGAUGUUACAAACAGAGACUAAGCCUAAUAGAAUUACAUUUAUAGGAGUGCUUAGAGCCUGUAGCCAUUUGGGGUUGGUAGAACAAGGCCGGCAGCUAUUUGCUAGUAUGGAGAAAUGCUAUGGUGUUGCUCCAUCUGCAGAUCACUAUGUUUGCAUGGUUGAUCUUUUAGGUCGAGCAGGGCGCUUGGAGGAAGCACUUGAGCUGGCCCAAACAAUGCCAGUGGAGCCCCAUGGAGGGGUGUAGGGAGCUUUUCUUGGAGCAUGUAACAUUCAUGGGAAUCUGGACAUUGCUGGGAUUGCUGCAUGCCAUCUAUUUGAGCUUGGACCUGAUGCUAUUGGAAACUACAUCUUACUCUCUAAUAUAUAUGCAUCAGCAAGAAGGUGGGAUGAUGUUUCAAGGGUAAGGAAACUGAUGAAGAAGAAGGGUCUUAUAAAGAAUCCUGGAUUUAGUUGGGUAGAAGGAAACAAAGGAGUAAUUCAUGAGUUCCUUGCCGGUGACUUGAUGCAUUCAAGAUCUAGUGAGAUUAAGCAGGUGUUGGAGGAAAUUUUGAACAGAUUAAAGGCUCAUGGAUACCAGCCAAAACUCAGUUCUGUCCCUUAUGAUGUGGCUGAUGAGGAGAAGAAGCGUAUAUUAAUGAAUCACAGUGAGAAUUUGGCACUGGCAUUUGGAGUGCUCACAACAAGUGCUGGCUGCAUCAUGAGAUUUAUGAAGAACUUGAGAAUAUGCAAAGAUUGCCACAUAUUUAUGUGUGGUGCAUCUCAAGUCACAGGGAGGGAGAUUAUUGUGAGAGAUAACAUGAGAUUCCACCACUUCCGAGAUGGUAAAUGUUCAUGUGGUGAUAUCUGGUGAUUAAAGUUCGGAUUUUCUUAUACACAUUUUUUGUCAAUUGUAAUUUUCUUUUCAAUUUUAAAACUCUUUGAAAGGGUAUGAUACUUUUUGAAAUUUAGUCUCUUCAUUUGUUUUAUCUGGAAACAAUAAAG